GGUGGCUCGUGAAGCGGUAACCUAACUUAUAUACUUGGGGCGGCGACUUUAUUCAACCAUUUAAUAUGCCGGCGAACAAUCCGGCCAUACAGUCCGCUAUGCAUGCCCCUAUCCAAGAUGCAUCUACCGUGGAAGAUCCCGGGAACGCCGGGACAACGCAGGCAGUCGAAAUCCGGAUAAAUUACGCGGACGCUGCAGCAGAGGCAUCCCCGUUACCAUUGAUACGGAUGACUGCCAGUUCGUCGGAUGCUCCCAACCCAACCCACGAUGACAUUGACGGGCGAGGCGAAUAUGUUUUCACGCUCGCAGAAGAUUAUCCCAAAGAAUUGCUUGAUAUCAAUAACCCUAUCCCGGUUCAUGCACCCACUCACCUUGACACUGCCGCCAACAUUCUCUGCCGAGGUGACAUGAAUGUCAAAAUUUGGAAGGCCAAGAAUAUUAUCGCCGCAAUGGCCGAGGACGACCCCGAUCGUACAACGGCGUUGCGAAUUCUCGCAAUGAACUUAUACGGCAGAUAUCUGCAAACGAGAAAGAACAGGGAUUUGGAUGCAGCUAUCUCAAGCGGAAUUAAAUCCUUCACGGAUUCGCCUCGGGAUCGGCUCCAUCUCGCCGCCAUGUAUCACGACCGCUAUGAAAACACUAAUAAUCCCAAGGAUUUACAGGAGAGCAUCUCAAUCUUGCAACGGAAAAGUUGUGAUUUAUCAGUAGAGCCAGAAGACUGGACGAUGGCUAUAUCCUCUAACCUCAGCGGAUACCUCCUCGUGAAAUACAACUACACAAAAUCUCUUGUUGACUUGAAAGCGGCAUUCUGUGCGAUUACGACAGCAACUGCUGAGGCACUCAAAUGGCAAGAUCCAAGCCUCCAGAAGAGGCUGCACAAUUUUCGAUUUGUGAUCCCGCUCUUCCUCCGCCACGGCAUCACGCCGCCGUCAAUCUGCCCGUCCAGCCCUAGGAAGGUGGCAAAAUGGAAAAGAACAGUGGCUGAUGUGUAUGGCGAGGAUGCGAUCGGAAGUCUUCUCCAAAUAUAUGAAUGUGCUGCGUUCUAUCGAAGCGGUGAGACGAGGUUCUGGCAUGAAGCUGUGGGUGACGACGCCAGGUCUAGGCCUGGACCGGAGGCCAAAUAUUCCGACGUCUUCGUCGGCGGCGAUGAUGACACCUCAGAAGACAGAGACAGUCUGGAAACAGACGAGAGUGGAUCUGACGAAGACCACGAGUCUUAUGAGGUGCAAUAUUAUAGAUCCGGUAUUCCUUCUAACCAGUCUCAGCCCAAAGGACGGACCCAAUACUCGGGUUUAUCAAAGAGAUUCAGCAAUGACAACAACUCAAAAUGGCUUCCGGCACACUGCGUCAGAAGCCUCGACACAUCGCUUCAAUGCAAGGUCCCUCUUUGUGGAUGCUGCAACGGUGACAAGCUUAACAAUAAGCAGCGACGAAGCGAGACGAUAUUCUGGCACCAUGAUUCGCACGUGCUAUUGAUACCUGGAAGACAUGCACCGGAGUUUUACCCCUAUCCAAAUAGUCGAUCAGGAGCCAGCAACGGUCACAAAGGCCGGAAAGAUAGCCAGCCAAGUAUCAAAAUGAAGAAGCUUGACAUCGAUCAUUCCUCUAUCAACCAGGAGGCCCUCGAAGGCCAGAAAAUCGCCGCAGCAAUAAACUCUGGCGAUGAACAUCAGAGAGCUGCCUCCGGGUGUAAUAGCUCUCAUCCCAGAACCAUUGAUUCAAGGCUCCCAUUGACUAUGUCGGAACACUACCAGGCGUACCACGAGGAAUGUAUGGUUAGGAAGUUAUCCUGCGCUCCGUUUCCACCACCCAGGGAAAUGCUAUUGCCGGGGAGAACCUUUGAGUCAAACCCCUAUGAUUCAGUAAUCAGGGAGCACCUACUACGCAACCGCCGCAAACUCCGUCCCAAGACACGGUCUACCUUCUGGGAGGAAUUCGAGGGCAACGCUUUAGGGGACGACUACCUCCCUUUUAUUGACACCAUCGGGCUGACAACCAAGGCCCAGAGGGAGAACCCGCGGCUCUGCGAUGUGUGCCAGAGAAUCGACUUCCGGUCUCUCUUCAACGUAGACGAGAAUCCUCCCAGAUCUUGGAGGGUGAAUCCGGCACCGGAUAUCGCCAGCCGAUACGACACUUGCAAGUUCUGCCGCUUCCUCUGUGGAGCUGCUAUGCAGCACCAAAUCCCGUUGCUAGAGGACGGUUCAUAUGUCCCGUUCUCAAUUGUUCCAGAGCCUCUGAUCGAAAAGUACGGGGACGAAGACCAGCGCCGAAGGCUCUGCGCAAUUCUGCCGACGGGCGAAUGUGAAGUGCCUAUUAUUCGGGCUCACUUGGUCGCACCGGAAUACAGCUCUUCUUUAACCUUUAUGGGCCGCAUUCCCCCCCGUCAUGUCGUUAAUACGUCUCUAAUCCGAUCCUGGCUGGAGAUCUGCACGACGCAUCAUAAAGAGACAUGCGGUAUGUUGCCUUGGUACUCGGAAGGCAGUUUUCCAUCGUGUUUUCGAGUCAUCAAUGCUGUCACAUACACUUUGGUAGAUGCCCCUCGAGAUUGCCGAUACUGUGCACUUAGUUAUGUGUGGGGCGAUACAACAGUCUUCAAAACCACAACAAAGAAUCUCGAUGAGGUUCGCCGCGAGGGAGGCAUACGAAAUCUGUCUGAUCAGAUCUCCAGGACCGUCCUCGACGCCAUAAGCCUAGUUCGAGAAAUCGGCGAGACCUACCUAUGGGUCGACGCAGUGUGUAUAGUCCAAGACGAUGAACAAGACAAAGCUACGCAGAUAAAACACAUGGACGAGGUCUACUCCAGAGCGGUAUUGACGAUUGUCGCUGCCGGCGGCUCUGACUCUAAUUCGGGUCUUCCUGGCGUGUGGCCCCAUUUGAGAACCCUGUCCCAAGUGACUGAAGAGGUUGAUGACAUACUCCGGAUUUCUCUCCCGUUAGAGCCGUCCCGAAAGCUUCGCCAUUCGGUCUGGAACUCUCGAGCGUGGACAUUCCAAGAGGAAGUCCUCAGCGCAAGGACACUUGUCUUUAUCGACGAUCAGGUCUUUUGGAAAUGCAAAUGUAGCACCUGGUUUGAAGAUAUCAUCUCGGAGGCCAGCGAAACCUUCUCUGGAUGGCCUGGUUCUCUUACUAGCCUUCGGCGAGGUGCUAUCAUAAGAGAAUACAACAUCAUAAACGAAAUCAAAUCCAUCCAGCAGCCGAGGGGUGGAGAAAGCCCCCCAUUCCCUGUUGAGCAGUUCGCAAGCACCGGGGCAUGUUACGAGCCUGCUAUUACACUAGAUGAAGUAGACGACAUGGGUACGGAGGGAAUGAGAGUUUCGGUCAAGUCGCAGGAUAAGAUGCGGAUAACUCAUCACAAAAUUAGUGACCUCGACAUCAACAAUCUUGUCAAGCCACAGACACCGAAAGUACCCGUGAGGUAUACCAUUGGCAAACACUUCCACUUGGACACUGUGAGUGAAGAUGCAGUCCCAAACAAUUCCGUACGGUUUCAAGGCUCCUUCGCACUCGAUCCAGAGCUAAGGGACACCGUGCUAUGCCACUCGCGGCACCAUGCCUGUCUUUUAUCUUGGAACUACCGGGUUUAUGCAGAAGUAGUAGCCGAGUACACUUCGCGCAAGCUGAGCUACCCGUCUGACAUUCAGAACGCAUUUUCUGGAGUCCAGAAGACAUUCGAAAGGUGCCUCAAGCAGCCAUUUCUCUACGGACUGCCGACCUCUCACUUUGACGCAGCGCUUCUUUGGCUGCCGGAAGGCAAGCUACAGCGACGGAACUUGGUGGCCACGAGCUCUCCGCCGAGCUGGUCUUGGAUGGGGUGGAUAGGUCCGGUCCAGUACAGCAGUGUGGCCGACGAGGUGAGUCGGCCAGAGAUCAAAGUCCGACCGCUUGUCCGCUGGUUAUGCGGCAGUCAGGCCUCGUCAGCCUUCAGGCCCCUCAACACAUUCGGCAUCGGUAUGUGGACAGCAUGCCACCCCCCAGGCCGGCUUGUUAAGUGCUGGAAAGACAGCGAGUGGGGCCAGGCCGACAUCUACAGCGAUAGACCCCAUCUGGGUCAGGUCUCCCUCAAGUAUCUAGGCCUGGAUGGAAUCUCUAGUGGUAUCGACGAGCUUCUAUAUUUCCAGACCUGGUCCGCGCGCGUCGCAGAGGAGAGCACAGAAUCAAAGGACCACCCGGCAUUUGUUGUCGAGAAGUCUCUUAGAAGAAGUGAGUUUGCACAUGACCGCUUGUUCAAUCAGUCUAUGAAGCCCGUGGCGACGUGCCACAGAAUCCUGGACCAGUACGGGAAGUCUGCUGGCUACAUGAUCUGGAACGAAGAUCCAACUACGUCCGGGACCUCUGAACUUAUUGUUGUGGCUGCAACGCCAGGGCGUGGAAGUGUCCUACGCCAGUUCACUGGAUACGCUGUUAUGGCUAUUAGGAGGAAAGACGGCAUCGCGUACAGGACGGGAUUGGGUGAGAUUGACCGGGAGGUAUGGUGGGAGGCGAGACCACGCUGGGUCGAUGUUGUGCUGGGAUGAGGUGACGCUACUAAUGCUGUUGCACAGCUACCCGAAACUACCUCGUAGCGAGAUGUAUCAAGGAUAGGAGACAAAUAGCUGUAUAGGUUGAUCGAUCGGACAUACAUGCAUGUCAGCAGCUGAAGAGUUAAUCCCCCCGUCUGCUAACAAC